AUGUCUUAUCCUGUUUACUUCAAGGAGCCAGUUAGAUGGUUACGUUACCAAGCACACAAUAAGCCACAUCUUUUUUACUCUGCAUUUAUUGCUGCACUUGGUCCUGUUUUUCUGUUUGCAGGCACCCCAUUAAGAAGAAAGUUCUUAUAUGCCGAUGCGGAACCAGUUCCUAUGGAUGGUUACCCAGUUCCAAACAGACCAAGAAAUCCUCCAGCCGGUUACGAAGACUAA